GUGACCAGACAUUUUUGAAGAGAGCAGAGGGUUACACAGUGAGGUCCUGUGGCAGUGAAGGACCAUUUCAGCCACUCAGGUCUGGGGCUGAGAUAAAGGGAGCCGUGUACACACAGCAAAAAUGUCAAUAUUCAUGUUCGUUAACAAGAUGAAAUAGACAAAAAAACAGUACAGCAGGAGAGACAGGUCCGACAGGCAGAGUAUAAAAUUCAUCUUUUGCUGAAUUCAACAGUGUGGACAGAAUAUGAAGAAAAAGUGGAUUCUGUUCAUUGUCCUGGCUUGGCACCAAACCUUUUGCUUAACAGUUGCCAAAUUUACAACCACGUCUGUCUCAACUACAGACAUCGAUGAGUGUGCAGCCAAUCCCUCAAUCUGUGGUCCCAACGCACGAUGUACCAACACUGCUGGGAGCUACAGCUGCUCCUGUGACACUGGAUACACGCCCCCUGCUGGAGUCACUCUGACCAGCAGCUCAAACCCCUGUCAAGACACUGAUGAGUGUGCAGUCAAUCCCUCAAUCUGUGGUCCAAAUGCACAAUGUACCAACACUGCUGGGAGCUACAGCUGCUCCUGUGACACUGGAUACACGCCCCCUGCUGGAGUCACUCUGAUCAACAGCACAAACCCCUGCCAAGAUAUUGACGAGUGUACAGCCAAUCCCUCAAUCUGUGGCCCAAAUGCAACAUGUACCAACACUGCUGGGAGCUACAGCUGCUCCUGUGACACUGGAUACACGCCCCCCGCUGGAGUCACUCUGACAAGCAGCUCAAAACCUUGUGGAGAUAUUGACGAGUGUACAGCUGAUCCCUCAAUCUGCGGUCCAAAUGCAACAUGUACCAACACUGCUGGGAGCUACAGCUGCACCUGUGACACUGGAUACAAGCCCCCUGCUGGAGUCACUCUGACCAGCAGCUUGAACCCCUGUGAAGACAUUGAUGAGUGUGUGUUCACAUCCUCCAUCUGUGGUCCAAAUGCAUUGUGUAGCAACACUAUAGGGAGUUUUACCUGCUCUUGUGAUACUGGAUACGUCCCCCCUACUGGAGCCAAACUGCUGAGCAUUAUUAAUCCAUGUCAAGAUAUCAAUCAGUGUAAAACAAACAACCAAUCAACCUGUGGUCCAAACGCACAAUGUAUCUUCAAUGACCAGAGCUACAACUGUUCCUGCGAUACUGGAUAUAUCCCCCCUACUGGAGCAUUAGUGACAACCGAUUUAUUCCCAUGUCAAGAUGUGAAUGACUGCAUUAACAAUAACAUCUCAGUCUGCGGUAAACACGCAAAGUGCUCAUUCACCGGUCAAAGUUACACCUGUUCCUGCACUUCUGGGUUCACCCCCCCAACUGAAGUCCCCCAGGCCAGCUACUCCUACCCAUGUAAAGAUUUCAAUGAGUGUAAACAGUAUCCUAACAUCUGUCCAGGGAGCACCUGUAUCAACACCAUCGGGGCUUAUAAGUGUGUGAUUAUUUCCUAUGGAUUUGGGGGAGGAGGUGGUCCAAGACCAGAUAUUAACGAGUGUGCAGCCAAUCCCUCAAUCUGUGGUCCUAACGCACAAUGUAUCAACACCGCUGGGAGCUACAGCUGCUCCUGUGAAGCUGGAUAUGCUGCCCCUCCAGGAGUCACGCUGACCAGCAGCUCGAACCCGUGUCAAGUGAAAAGCCGAGUCAAAAUAAGGGUGAAAUUCACUCUGGACCAGGCUUUGAAUCCUAAUGAUCCAGAUAUUCAGGGGUACAUUUUAAUGAAGUUCAAUGAGGAGAUGUCCAAGAGAGUUUCAAUGGAAGCCACAACACUGAGCUGGAGUGUGAAGGAUGGGCAGAUCUUGUACAAGGAGAAGGAAGAAGAUCAAUGUGGGGCUCAAUGACAUCCUGCCAGUCAAACAGUGGCCACAGAACCACUAUCCUUAUGUAAAGGACAUGGAAGACAGCAAGACAAUGGUGAGAAAAAAGAGAUGGUCACCAUAAAAGACUGCAUUAGUUGGUUUGAACUGAUCAUUUUUAAUUCCAAGAAUUUCAAUAAUGUUUAGCAAUAACAUUUAGAACCUUACCCCUUUUUUCAGUUUCUCAAUUCUAUUUUCAGAAUUAAAAUAUUGGAUGUUUGACAAAACAUCCCACAGUGUCUUUUUGUGUUGUCCUAAAGAAAAAAGGAUUUUAUACAGAAAAGCAAACGAAUUGAUCCAAUAAUCUCAUUCAGUCCUUUCUUGAAAGAAGCUGGGUAGCCUGUUCUGCACUCCCACUACCCAAUGUGUACAGACAAACCUCCUGUUCUCAGUUUUAAAUGCAUUUCCACAUAGUUUCCCCCUUUUGACCACUGACAGAUAUUAAACUGUUUAUUCUGAAAAAAUAUUUACUAGUUUGUGCCUUCAAGGAUUUCAAAUCCAGCCAUGGUUUUCUCUGUUAAAGACUUGAGCCUGACAACGUAGAACAUUCCUCUACACCUUUGAAUGCAUCUGGUUGCUCAUUACUUAAUUUAACAAUUAAUGUUGAAUAGCAGUCAGUUGUUGUGCACAUUAGUCUCACAUGCCUCUCGGACAAGGUCUUGUGACCCAUCCUCCUUCCACUGUUACUUUAUCUGUGCCGAUGUUUAGGAGGAAUUCUGACUCAGAGACAUUCAGUCUUAAUGCCACAGAUAGCUGCUCUGAGCAUUGGCUCCUCAGUCAAGCACAAACAUCAAAUGUCUUUUCAUUUCUAUUCACAGCAAAGUUCACCCCUGCAUUCUUGGGGAUACACAAGUAUUGGUUCAUUCCAUGCAUACAAUUGUUAAGCGUAGGAUUGCACCAAUGUGAUCUCAUUCAGAUACCUGAGGAUAAUAUGGGUUCAACCUGUAUAACAAGCUUGAUCCAGGGGUUAUUGAGACACUGGCCAGACUGCCACACGCAUGGGCAGGAUGUCUAUAUUAUUGAUGACUUCAGGCACAUGUGAGGGUGCAAAGUGGUUAAAGAAGACAUUCUAACCAGUCAUCAUAGGAGACUCAAGAUGACUGCCAAGUUUGGAAUUGUCAGCAUGAAAAUUUUGUCAACAGAAAUAGUUUGAGAUUUGAGAAGAAGAGUACAAUGCGUAAGGCAACUAAUUGGCUUAAUUCAGGAGCCUUUUAAAAAAAAUCAAGGAUGAUAUCUGCCAAGUUUGCAAUUGAGUUCUUAAACAGUUUUUGGUGGAAAUAGUUGAUGUGUGAUGUAACACUAUUAACAGGUAAACACCUAAAGCCAAAAAUAACAUCUCUUUGAUGUAUGAAUGAUUAUUGACCAUCCAUAAUACAUAACAUCAUAUGUUAAAAUCCAGAACUGUAAUCUGGAUUCCAGUGUAUAAUAAAAUGAACACUUAAUCAC